AGUAUUCAGGUUAUAGCAAGGUGCUGCUUCCAUGAAGAGUCAAGCAUAUUUCAACAAGACUGGAGAACUGCCAUGCCAUUUUACAAACUCUCAAAACAUAAGCCUGGAUGAGUUGGUAGUAUUUUGGCAGGACCAGGAUAAGCUGGUUCUGUAUGAGCUAUUCAGAGGCAAAGAGAACCCUCAAAAUGUUCAUCCCAAGUAUAAAGGCCGCACAAGCUUUGACAAGGACAAUUGGACCCUGAAACUCCACAACGUUCAGAUCAAGGACAAGGGCUCAUAUCAAUGUUUCAUUCAUCAUAAAGGGCCCAAAGGACUAGUUCCCAUGUACCACAUGAGUUCUGACCUAUCAGUGCUUGCUAACUUCAGUCAACCUGAAAUAAUGGUAACUUCCAAUAGAACAGAAAAUUCUGGCAUCAUAAAUUUGACGUGCUCAUCUGUACAAGGUUACCCAGAACCUAAGGAAAUGUAUUUUAAGCUAAAAACCGAGAAUUCAACUACUAAGUAUGAUACUGCCAUGAAGAAAUCUCAAAAUAAUGUCACAGAACUGUACAACGUUUCCGUCAGCUUGUCUUUUUCAGUCCCUGAAGCAAGCAAUGUGAGCAUCACCUGUAUCCUGCAACUUGAGUCAAUGGAGCUUCACUCCCUACCUUACAAUAUAGGUAAAGCUGCUUCCCAAGACUAUUUCUUUCAUCAGGUGUUAUACCCAAAAUGUUGAGGCAGAUCAUUCAAUGUUCCCUGCUUGCCGGGAAGCCUCCAACAGGGCCAUUUUGUGGUACUAUUAGGAAGGAACCAGAUGGAGGGCUCCUCUCUUCAUCUGAGUGCUGCUACAGGGUCCCGGAGACUGUGAACAUAUACUGCACUUGAGGAAGUAUGCUUUUAGCCCU